AUGCCGCACAAGCAGAGCCUGCAUCUUCUCUGCUGGCCAAAGCUGAUAGACUUUUGCAAAGCGACUAGAACCCGACCAGCUCAACCGCACUUUCCAAAUAGGAUAUCAAGAUUGGAAAUGUACAGCGGCCCAGAUAGAUACAAACCCCAGUUCGACCACAUUUUGAUCAACACUAAAUGCUGGCGAGAUAAAAAAGAUGACUUGAGCAAUCGACUCGUCGAAUUGGAAGAUGCUGCCAAGAAACGUGAACAACACUGGCGUACUUCGAAAAUCAUCAAUGUCAUCGGCAAACCACUUGCAACAACUGUGAAUGUCAGACUACUUGAUAGCUCAAUUUCAGACUCCAAAAAUGAUAUUCUAAAGGACUGGAUCACCUAUUUCGAGAAUCUCCUAAACAACAAAUGUGAAGAGGCAGUUGAAGCUAUCAAACCAUCACCUAAACCAAACAUGCCUGGCAUCCUAACUCAGAAAUCUUGCCCAUAG